UACCUAUUACUGACCUUCAGUAUUGAUAAUGUCUUUUGGACAUUAAACUUCCUUGCUAUACAAGCAGGUUAUGGCGGCAUCAAGUGGAACACUUUGUGACGUAUGUGAUUCUCAGCACUUAACGAUAGACGCCAUCUUCUGGUGCCUGGAAUGUGACGAAGGUUUGUGUACAACAUGCCUAAAGUAUCACAAUGCUUCCAAGUUGUCGAAAAAUCACGAGGUCAUCAGUGUCGACAACUACAAGCAGCUUCCGUCAUUUAUGACCAGCGUCCAACAAUACUGUUCCGACCACGACAAAAAAUACCAGCUUUACUGUUUACAACACGAAAUUCCAUGUUGCACGCAUUGUGUUUCAGCAAUACAUAAAAAAUGCGACUUAACGGCACUCGAUGAAAUUGUUAAAACUUCCAAAACAUCCGCCUUAUUUGACAAUUUGGAACACAGUCUGAACGACUUAAAAGAAAAUAUAAAAAGGAUAACAAAAGAUAGAGUACAAAAUUUAUCAAAAGUUCAUCAGAGCAGAGAGAAAAUACAGUCUGAAAUAAAGACGAUGCGCGACAAAAUAGAUAAACAUCUCGACCGUAUCGAGCAAAAGAUACUACAGGAUUUGGGCGAUGUGGAAAAGGGAGUUAACUCAGAGAUACAGCACAUUCAUAAUAAACUCCUAGAACAUACUAAAACCGUAGAAGAUCUAGAGGUACAUAUUUCUGCUAUAAAGAAGUAUGCAUCUGACCUCCAGAUUUUUGUUGGAAUGAAGAAGGUUGAGACGGAUAUUGAACAUGCAGAAAAGUUCGUGAUGUCAUUGUUGGAAGAUGGUAGUCUACAACAGGUUGAUAUCGACUUUAAAAUGGAUCACAAACUGUUCGACAUAUUGUCCAUUAAAGGGUAUGGUAAUAUAUCCCGUACUACGAGUUCCUCAGCAGUUGUCAUGAAAACCGAGAAAAAUAAACAAGCCCAGUACUUGGUCGCCCCUUCUAGAGCAACAAGAACAAUUAAUGAUAUUAACAUUUCUUCACAUAGGAAGGUUAAAAUUACUAAAAAUAAUAAAUACAGUUUAUUCACAGGUUGUACUAUCAGACCGACAGGUCAGAUAGUUCUUGUUGAUUGGAACUAUGCUGAUAUCUUUAUCUUUAACGAGAGCGAAUCAUUAGAAUGUACAAUAAAAGUAUCACGAGGGCCUGUAGAUGUGACUUGUAUUGAUGAGAAAACAAUAGCAAUUUCCCAUGAUAGGCAUCCUUUACACAAUUGAAAUAAUGAACUUAUCUUCUAAACAAAUACAGAAACAAAUCAAAACUUCAAAGUCUUGUCGUGGUAUAACAAAUAUACCAGGAAGGCUAAUAUAUUGCACAAACAUGACAGGUAUUCAGUCAGUAGAUUUUUCAGGUGAUAAUGCGUCCAUUAUAGUAAAGGAACCAGAGAUGUUUGAUUGUUAUGUUACAGCGUCUGAAUGUAAACUGUAUUAUACAAAUUCUGCUACAAACACCGUCACAUGUUACAACAUCACAGGAGAGAAGGUUUGGGAAUACAACGAUACAUCAGUUUUGAAGGAUGUAUAUGGUGUUACUACUGACACGAACGACAAUGUUUACGUUGCAUCCUCUGGAAAUAAUAGUAUCGUCGUUAUUUCUCCUGAUGGAAAACAUGCAAGACGUCUUAUAGGAGAAGAGGAUGGCUUAGAUCGACCGCUUGGUGUUUACCUAGACAAAACCAGGAACAAUCUGCUUAUAUCGUGUUAUGGAGACGUUCAUAUGUAUAAGGUGUCAUGAGAAAACGUACACUUUUCGAUUUUUAAACAUUAAUAGUGUACUUUCAUGUCUGCUUACUAGUUGCAAAUUCUUUUCUAAGGGUCAUAUAUAUACCAAAGCCUAUAACAAAAAAAUUGAGAAAUUUAUUUUAGAAUUAAAAAUCAUUUUAUUCA